AAAUACUCCUGUUGUGCCCGUGGAUUUGAUUUGUACAGGGCUGCCGUUUUACUGGCCUUACGCUGCAGAAACCAGAGAAAAUGGGCGACAGAUUUAUCCAACUGCAUUCCAACAGUCACCACAAAAACCUGCUCGGCGCCAUGUGGAAGCUUAGGACCAGGGGAAACCUGUGCGACAUCACCAUCCAGGUGGACUUUCAGGGAGAGCUGGAGGAGUUCGAAGCCCAUCAGGUGGUCCUGGCCGCGUCCAGCGCUUACUUCAAAACCCACCUCUUAACAGAAGACCCAGUGAACAAGAUGUUCCUCUGUGACUUUUCACCGCACUCCUUCUCCAAAUUCCUAGAGUACGCGUAUUCAGGGAAAAUGGAGGUGGAGAAAAGUGGGAUCGCUAACAUAUUACAAAUGGCCAAACUCCUGAAAUGCCAAGACCUGGUGGAUGUCUGUGAGGUGGAAAUUCCUAAUGUUGCAUCAGAGGAAUGUGUAGAGAAAGAUGCCGAAAUCAAAACCAAGCAUGUCAAAAAAGCAAUUAAAAGAAAAAAGAGAGUAAAAUCAGCCAAAUACGUGAGUGAAUCAGAUGUGCUCGGCAGGAGAAGUGGAAGGUUAGCAGGUCGUAGAGUUAAUGUAGAGUUUCCUCAGAAAAAAUUAAAGAGGCAAACGGAAAUCCUUGAUGAACCUGACAAUGCAGAAGGAGAAGAAGAGCAACGAAUAGCAGAACAUCCGGAAGCAGAAUCAUCAAAGAAUGCAUUGGAUGACACUAGUAAAGACACUAUUGAUGACUCUGGGUCUGAAUCUCCUGCCUAUGUGCCUCAGGACGACCCUGACGAAUCAGACUUUCUACCUGAUGAGGAAAUGGAGGCAGAUGAAGCUGAGAAGAAAGUCAAGAAAGAAAUCGCCAAAUACACAUGCGAGGUCUGCAGCCGCUAUUUCUACUACGAGAAGAGCUAUCUGAAACACUUAAAGGUCAGUCACGGGGUGCAGACGGACACUACGCUUCGCUGUGAUAUCUGCCAGCAGACGUUUGCCAACCGCUGCAACCUGAAGAUCCACCAGCGGCACGUGCACAGCGACGAGCGCCUUUUCCCCUGCGACGUCUGCAACAAAACCUUCAAACGCAAGAAGGACGUGACGCGCCACCGGCGCCACGUCCACGAGGGCGGCACGGACAGACACUACUGCCAGGAAUGUGGCAAAUCUCUGAGCUCCAAAACUGCCCUGACUCUGCAUGAGAGGACACACACGGGACUCAAGCCCUUCAAAUGUGACGAGUGCGACUCCAGAUUCUCCCAGAGUUCAGCGCUCAAGACGCAUAAGAGGAUCCACACUGGAGAGAAACCUUUCGCCUGUGACCUCUGUGAUGCCAGAUUUACCCAGAAUCACAUGCUGGCGUACCACAGAAGAUGCCACACAGGAGAAAAGCCAUUCAUGUGUGAGAACUGUGGGAAGAGCUUCGCAUCUAAAGAAUAUCUGAAGCAUCACAACAGAAUCCAUUCGGGCUCCAGACCCUACAAAUGUGAGACCUGCGGAAGAGCGUUUGCACAGAGGAACUCGCUCCACCAGCAUGUCAAAAUACACACAGGUGAAAGACCAUAUCAUUGUAAGGACUGUGAUAAGCAGUUCACUCAACUCAACGCCCUCCAGAGACACCAGAGAAUCCACACGGGAGAGAAACCGUACAUGUGCAGCAUGUGUGGAAGAACAUUCACAGACAAGUCCACCGUACGCCGACACACUCUGACCCAUGACAAACAAACCCCCUGGAAGAACUACCUGGUGGUCCUGGAGGGAAAUGUUGAAGACCGAGCCAAGAAGCCCAAAGGCUCUUCCCAGAAGAAGGAGAAGGCAGCGGCUGCGGUUUCUAAAGCCCAGGCUCUUCAGAGCGACGUGGGGAAGACUCAAGAAGUCAUGGCCACAAUCGGAGAGCCCGUAACCAUUUCCGGAGACUGGACUGGAUCUGGAACUAUCGCUCUGGUCUCCGGCCUCACGGUCAUUCAAACAGAAGUGCCUUCUGGGACGCUGCAGCCACUAGUCACCAGCGACGGCACCAGUGUUAUCUCUCUGGAUGCUUCAGCCAUCGGGAUGCCAGUCCCAUUUUCCAUCCCGAUUUCAGUCGCUCAUUCCUUAGCGUCCGGUUCUGUGCCCAUCAGCGUCGCCGGACACGUUUCUGAAGCCAUAUUGGAGUCAUCGACGAAUGCAGAAACAUCCGAAGCAGAGAAUGUCCUGGCAUCGACAGCAAUUGAAGAGUGUGUCACGGUUCAGGCUGUUACAGUGGAGGAAACGGACUGUGCGGAAACACAACAGGAGAAUGACCAAAACACACACACUGCAGAUGAUUCAAACAACAUGGAGAUCUCUGUCGGAGACACCGCGGAAUAACUUUACUUUGGUUGAUCAAGUACUGCAUCGAUGGAUCGGCUGUAAAAAAACAUCUUUGCUUUACGAAGAAUGUCUGAAAUGUCAUUUCCUGUGCAGAAUGUCUAUAAUGAGUGUAAUUUAAGAGAUCACAGUGUUUAAUUGUUUGUUUAUGAUUUCCUCUCUGAUUUCUAUAGAGCGUUUGUUUUCCACAGAAUUGUUUUCUGUUGUCAGUAUUGCUUUUGGCUGAUAUUUAUUAUGUGCAGCACUACAACCAACUAAAUGCAUCCUUUUUUAAUCCCAUUAUGUGUAUUAUGAUUUGCAAACCAUGAGAGCGUUACUAAAAUCAUUUAAUAAAGUGUCUGUUGAAUUUA